AUGCCAAAAGGACCAAUAAUCGGUCGAGGCUCCACGGCCACCGUCUCAAUAGCAAUAUUAAACUCCGGUGAGAUACUCGCCGUCAAAUCCGCCGACCUAUCCUCAUCAACAUUCUUGCAGAAAGAGCAAUCCAUCUUGUCUACAUUGAGCUCUCCUCACAUAGUCAAGUACAUAGGCUCUGGUUUAACGCGCGAGAACGGCGGAUUGGUCUACAAUAUUCUGAUGGAGUACGUUUCCGGUGGGAGUCUUCACGAUUUAAUCAAGAAUUCCGGCGGGAAGUUGCCGGAGCCGGCGAUCAGAUCAUACACGCGUCAGAUUCUCAAAGGUUUGAUGUGUCUUCACGAGAGAGGGAUUGUUCACUGCGACUUGAAGAGCCGGAAUGUGCUUGUCGAAGAAAACGGAGUCCUCUCGAAAAUCGCCGACAUGGGGUGUGCUAAACCGGUUGAUAAGUCGGGAUUUUCAGGUACACCGGCGUUUAUGGCGCCGGAGGUUGCUCGUGGUGAAGAGCAGAGGUUUCCGGCUGAUGUGUGGGCUUUGGGGUGUACGGUGAUCGAGAUGAUGACUGGAUCAAGCACUUGGCCAGAUCUAAACGACGUCCUUGCUGCAAUGUAUAAGAUUGGAUUCUCCGGUGAGUCGCCGGAGAUUCCCGGGUGGAUAUCGGAGAAAGCUGAUGACUUUUUGAAGAAAUGUUUGAGGAGAGAUCCGAAACAGAGAUGGACGGUGGAAGAAUUGCUUAAACAUCCUUUUCUCAACCACGACGAAGAAUCUCAACCUAGCGAUUGUCCGAACAAGACUUCUUCUCCGAGCACUGUACUGGAUCAACGAUUCUGGGAUUCAUGCGAAGCCUCGAAAAGUCAGUCAAUUUCGAUGGAUCACGUAGACCCUUUUGCUGAUUACUCGGAUUGUGGGGAUUCGCCGGCUGUUCGAAUCGAGAAACUCGCCGGGAAUGAAUAUUCAAGCGUUCCCGAUUGGGAUAUGGUAGACGACGACGAAUGGAUUCAAGUGCGAGACGACGACACUGAAGAGACCGAGAAACGCGUCGGUGACGGUGACGGCGACGAAGACGCGACUAGGGUUGAAGCAACGUCAUCGUCGUCGCAAGCGAUUGAAGAAGUUGAAGACUGGAUAUCGGAUCAAGACAGCUUAUUCUCGGAAUAUUCCGCUGACGACAUCAUUAAUGAUUAUUUCUACGCUAAUAUCUGCGGUAGAAAUGUUUUGCUUAACGAUUUUUAG